GCGGCACGCCAGUCUGUCUGUGGAGUGGCCGAGGAAGGUGUUGUGAGAGCGGCCUCUUUGCAUACACUGUUCUCACACGUGGAGCAAAGGAUCCAGGCGGGGCCGCUGACAGGCUCGCACUACUGCGAAGCGGGCGCUGAUUGGCCACGUGGCGAGGAUGCGCACUCCCUAUUGGCUGUCGGGCCGCUGGAAGAUGGAGGUAUAGGAGGGUCGAGGACAGACACUGAGACUCCCACGGCCGCCCACUCUGUGUCGGCCGCCGCUCGCCGUCCGUCGCCCGCCGCCCUCCGCUGCCACACCAUGGACAUCCGCCUGAGCAGCAACAUGACCUCAGCCGGGGCCUCUCCCUGCCUCUCGCCCUCCCACCACCGCCCCGUGUCCCCCGCCCACCGCCCGCCCAAAGAGGAGUAUGACCGGCCCGCCAGAGAGAUCGAACCCAUGAUAUAUACAGACCUGCUUCCCUGGACUUCCACGGGCGGGCCGGAGACGAGGGAGUUCCUGCUUCGCGUGGCCGAGAUCUCCAUCGACUACGUGCGGGACACCUUCGACCGCAACGUGAAGAUCCUCGACUUCCACCAGCCCGAGCAGCUCAAGGAAGUGCUCGACCUGGAGAUACCCAACAAGCCCCUCAACCUCGAGCAGCUCCUCUCAGACUGCAAGGACGCCCUCAAGUACCAGGUCAAGACAGGCCACCCCCGCUUCAUGAACCAGCUGUCGUGCGGUAUCGAAGUGGUGUCCCUGGCGGGCGAAUGGCUCACCGCCGCCGCCAACACCAACAUGUUCACCUACGAGAUCGCGCCGGUCUUCAUCCUCAUGGAGCAGGUGACGAUGAAGCACAUGCGUGACAUCAUCGGCUACAAGAACGGGGACAGCAUCCUGGCCCCGGGCGGCUCCGUCAGCAACCUGUACGCCGCCCUGGCCGCACGCCACAAGAUGUUCCCCGAGUACAAGAAGAAGGGGCUGAAGGCGCUGCCGGGCGAGCUGGUCAUGUUCACCUCCCUCCACAGCCACUACUCCUUGAUGGGCGCCGCCGCUGCCAUGGGUCUGGGCACCGACAACCUCAUCGAAGUGCCCGUUGACGAGAGAGGUCACAUGCUCCCGGCUGAGCUGGACCGACUGAUCGACGAGCAGAAGACGAAAGGGAAGGUGCCGUUCUUCGUGUGCGCCACCUCUGGGACCACCGUCAUGGGCGCCUUCGACCCCCUCCACGCCGUGGCCGACAUCUGCGAGAAGCACAAGCUGUGGUUCCAUGUGGAUGCGGCGUGGGGCGGCGGCGUGCUGCUCUCCAAGAACCAGCGACACAAGAUGAACGGCGUGGAGCGUUCCAACUCGAUCACGUGGAACCCUCACAAGCUGAUGGGCACGCUGCUCCAGUGCUCCACCGUGCACUUCAAGGAGGACGGUCUCCUCAUCUCGUGCAACCAGAUGUGCGCCGACUACCUCUUCCAGCAGGACAAGCCCUACGACGUCAACUACGACACGGGCGACAAGGUGAUCCAGUGCGGCAGACACAACGACAUCUUCAAGCUGUGGCUGCUGUGGCGCUCCAAGGGUGAUGAAGGGUUCGAGAAGCACAUCGACCACCUGUUCGAGAUGACGGAGUACAUGGUGCAGCGCAUGAAGCAGCACUCAGACAAGUUCGAGCUGAUGAACGACGAGCCGGAGUGCACCAACGUGUGCUUCUGGUACGUCCCCUACCGCCUCAGGACCACGAAGGCCGGACCCGAGCGACACAAGCUGCUGGGAGAGAUCCAGCCCAUCCUGAAGGGUCGCAUGAUGACCGCCGGCACCUUCAUGAUCGGGUACCAGCCCCUCGACCACCACCCCAACUUCUUCAGGAACAUCAUCUCCUCGCAGGCCGUCAGGAGAGAGGACAUUGACUUCAUGCUGGAGGAGCUUGACCGCCUUGGCUACGACUUGUAAACUGGAGGACCCAACGCCUGGAGGAGAGGAGCCAGGGAAGGAGAGGAGAGGAGAGAGGGAGGGUGAGGGUGAUGGUGAAGGGGAGAGAAGGGAAGAGGGGAGGAAGAAGAAGAGGAGGAUUUAUUUUUCCUUCUGUAGCUAGAGGAAGGUGACCAAAAUUAUAAAGAAGUGAAGUGUCCACCCGAAUGCAACUCCAAAAUUGGUGAUGAUAAGAGUGGGGCAAAAUGUAUAUUGAAAUGGGGUUGAAAAAUGCAUUGGCUGAUUUUAUAGAGUGAAGUUAAUGGGUCAUAAUUUGCUCUUAUUUUUUUUUUUUUUUUUUUACCUCUUCCUUGCAUCGUCUUCCCCCUCCUCGCCCUCUCCUCCUCCUCGUCCUCGCCCUGCCCCGCCUCGUCCUCCUCGUUGUCCUCCGCCGCGCGAGUGACUCUCUUCAGGGUCUGUGUUCUUGUUGUUGUUGUUGUGAGGCAGUUGUGAAGGGCAGGAGGGCUCGCGUGGGGCGGUCCGGGGCUGAUCCUCCUCCUCCUCCUCCUCCUCCUCCUCCUGCUGCUCCUUCUCCUCCUCCUCCUCCUCCUGCUGCUCCUUCUCCUCCUCCUCCUCCUCCUCCUUCUCCUCCUACCACCAAUCCUGUUCCUCCUCCACCUCCUCUUAUCGGUACUACUGCUCCUGUUCUUCCUCCUCUUCCUCCUCCCACCACUACUGCUCCUCCUACCACGACUACUACUACUACUACUACUACUACUACCACCGUUGCUGCCGUGACACCAUCGCUGCCAUCAGGACCAAACGCCAAAUAAAUACACCACCCGUAGUGUUGCAUCGCUUCACCUCGCUAACCGUUGCAAGACAUCAGCCUCCACGAUGUCGCAGCGCCUCAGCCGUGCUGAUCACCACGACACACUCAAAGUCCACGCUCUCCCAACACUCACAUGAACCACUCACGGACUCUCUGAAGGGACUCAACAUGUGACCACUCACAAGUACAAAACGGAGACAUGUAAGCUUCCAAGAGUCUCCACAAAGUUCAAGAGUCCUGGACCUCUGGAGUUCACGAGUUCAAAAGCGCAAGAGUUCUCGAUUUCUAGAGCUUCUGAGUUCUAGAACUCAUGUUAGAGUUGGAGCGAAGUCUUAGAUCUCAGAAGCUCUAGAUAUAGAGAAUUUAAGAAUUCAGUUGUUCGAGAGCUCAAGAGCUCAGGAGCUCUGGAGCGCAAGAAUUCUAGAAUUCUAUAGUUCAAGAGAUUUAGAGCUUACCGAAUGUGGAGCUCGAGAGCUCAAGAGUUUCAGGGACUUAGGAGUUCACGAGCCCUAGAGCUCAAGAAUUCAAGAGUUUGAAAGUUCAGGAGUUCUUAAGAUCAAUCAGUGUGCGUUCUUGAAUUCAUGGGUACUGCUGCUUUGAAGUUCUGAACCUUACAAGAGUUUGAGAGUUCUGGAGCUCAAAAAUCACGAGCUCACACGUUCAACAGUGCCAUGGUUGAAGAGUUUUGGAGUUCAUUCAUUUUGUAGUUUGGGAAUUCGAAUUCCAAUGUUGAAGAUUCUCAGUUUUGAGCCCCACCGUGACCCCGCCCCGAGCCCCGCUCCGCCCCGCCCCGCCAUGCCCCGCCCCGCCAAGGCACGCGUAGGCCGGCUUUUCGAUCGCUUGGUUUAUUCGACAUGUCUUGGGCGACCUGACCUGACCCGGCCUGAUAUGAUCCGUUGUGUGGCCGCGGCGGGCCAGGCAGGGAGGAGGUCAAGCAAGUGUUUUUCGUGUGUGUCAUCGCAAUUUUUCGACGUCCUGAGGGCAACUCGACCUGACCUAAGCUGACCUAACCUGACCCGCCGGUACGUGGGUCGGGGGUCACGCAGAGGCUGGGUCACGCAGGCGUUGCUCCCAUGCGUGUCAUGUCAUCGCGUGCUGUUGUGAGAGCUUGUUGGUGUGCCGCCGCUGUCCUGUGUGGGGCGACGGAGCAGCGCGUAGCGGCCAGGAGCCACGGGCGGAGGGGCAGAGGGAGGGAGGGAAGGAGGACCCCGAUCUUGGUCUUGGUCUGGGAGCUAUUCACAGGAUGUUCGUCAAAUAUCCAAAGAAAAAAAUUGAAGGCUAGGGUCAUAAAAGCAUCAGACUUUCAUCAUAAGCACGUAAUAUCUAACUAAUCCAUUCCAUUGUCCCAUUAGAGUAAAUAAUAUAAUAUUAGUAAUAAUAAUGAUAGCAAUAAUAAAAACUAGUUAACCAAAUUUCUGAAACAAAAUGAAGGACUCCAACUUAUAGCAUCGCCCCCCAUGCCACCCCCCAAUAACCCCCCUUCAUUGACCCCCGUGCCCUGGCCCGCCCCGCAGCCCCUCCCCCGCCCCCCGCGUUCGCACGUGAAGAGCUUUGCCGGGAUUCUAUCGGAGAGCAAUAAUGGCUUUUGUUGUGUUGUGCGGAGGAGGGAGACACGCCCCCGCUGUCCCCCCUCCCCCUCCCCUCCCUCCCUCCUCUCCCCUUUGCCACCUCGACCCUUCACCUGUCCUCCCUCCCCUUCCCUUUCAUUUCUAUCCUCCCCCUUCCUCUCCUUUCCUCCUCUCCUCACUCAUUCGUUCAUCCCUUCCUGUCUCAUCAGCACCUUCCUUUCUUCCUCUUCCUCCUCUUCCUCCUCUUUCUUAUCUUCCUCUUAUCACUUAUACUAUUUUUGUCUCUUCUUUCCCACACACGAAUAUUACAUAUAAGUUUCAUUCAUUAAACAUCCACUAAUGGCAUAAGUAAUAAUAAAAUAGUAAUGAUAACAACAAUGAAGAUAAUAAUGAUAAGAAUGAUAACGAUACUGAUAACGAUGGUAAGGCAUUCGCUGUCUUGUCUGUGUGUUCGUAUGUCUUUGUCUUUGCAACGCCUUCUUGAAAUAUUAUGCCUUAGAGCCGCAGAAUUUUGCCUUUGUGUGUGUGUGUGUGUGUGUGUGUGUGUGUGUGUGUGUGUGUGUGUGUGUGUGUGUGUGUGUGUGUGUGUGUAUGUAUGUAUGUAUGUAUGUAUUAUAUGUAUGGAUGCAUGUAUGUAAGUAUGAAUGUCUGUAUGAAGCAAGCGUGUAUAUAUGAACACUUGCAUGGUUCUCUACGUCAGUGUGUGCAUGCCCUCGAGCCUCUUCACUUGUUAUCGACGCACGCGUUUGGCUCUCCUCUGCAUGACACGCCAAGCAGCCAGCCAGUCAGUCCGCCUCGCCGCCCCGCCCCGCCCCCGUUGUUGCCGGCGCCCCGUGCUGCAUCCGCCUGCCACACACUGGAGAGGAACAGCCCAAAAGGUGGUAGGAGUGGUAGUAGUUGUGGUGAGGGUGAUGGUGGUAGAAGUAGUAGUAGUGGUGACAAUAGUAGUAGUAGUGACAUGCUGAAAACCUCCUGCUAUAAUUUUGAUGACACGGAUGUUUUCAGUUUACUACUACUACUACUACUACUACUACUACUACUACUACUACUACUACUACUACUACUACUACUACUACUACUACUACUACUACUACUACUACUACCACCACCUCUAAGGCCUUCCUCCCGGGCUGUGUCAGUGGCUGCAACACACCACGGUGCUCCUCCGUCUCGUGUCACUCUCACCAGGUCUCGUCUUCCCCCUCGCCCCCUUUUGCAUGUCCGUCAGUCAGCGUUAUAUAAAGCAUUACUCGUUCGGCUUUCCUCAGGCGCCGCGCAGGCCUCCGUAGUACUUAAGUCACCCCCUCUCCCCCUCCCUCCCUUACUUCCCCUCGAGUGCCCAUCCGUCUUGUAACUCUCGCUCGGUCAGUUUCAAGCAUCGGCACUUCGCAACUCGUUAUCUCCUGGAACACUUCUUGCCAUGCACGAGGAUGUUGCAGGAAGCUUGUUAUCGCUCGCCAGCCUCUUAGAAAUCACGCUUCUCGGCAGGUAUUCGCAGCAACACUUAUAUUUUCCCUUACGACUAAAAUAGAACUCGCCGUGCACGCAUGAAGCAGCUUAAGAUCUCUUCGUGUUUAUCAUCUUUCCCCCAAGCUCACUUCUCGGUUAUUGGCCAUUUUCCAGAGUGCGUAAGUUCCUCUGUGAUUAUUAGGAAACGACGUGGAAAAAUUUCUUCGUCUUCAUUAACUUUCCGUCAAUCACGCUGCACGCUUAUCGGCCGACUUUCAGAGUGCGUAAGUUCCUCUGAGUGACUAAAUAAAUAACGACGUGAAAAUUACAAUUCUCGCGAUGCAUGAAGCAGUUUGAGGACUUUUGUUUCGUGAUUAUUCCGCCACUCCGCCGUGCACGCUUCAAACGUUUCAGAUCUUUGCGAACAAUCUUGCUGGAACCCACGAGUCAAUCUCUUUUUAUCUUUCUCAAUAUACAUUUUUGCCAUUCACGGGUCGGCUGCCUGACGCCUUGUUCCUCCGUCACGCCAAGGCAGUCACUCUUUUUAACUUUAUUCCAACUUUAUGCUUCACAUUUUCUCAAGUUUCCCCUUUAUUACUCCUUUUUGACGAAUCAAGUCCCUCUUUUUACCUUUUUACCUUUUUCAUCUCUUUGCCAUGCACAGGACAGUCACGUGAUGAUCUGUUCCUCCAUCAUGCAAAUUCACUCAAUUUUUACCUUUCUUAAAACACGUUUGAGGCGUCCUGGAGAAGGGGAGAAAGAGACAGAGCCAUUUUAUACUAAUCCGCACUGGGAGAGGCAAAGCAGGCUACACAUCCCAGGAAAAGACAAGGUAUAUGUUGUAAGGGAAAAGCGACCCUUGGUACACUAAACACAAGGUCACUUUUCCCUUACAACUUGUUUCUCGUUCUUCCUGGGAUGUGUAGGCUGCCUUUCCCAGUUCAACCUAGAAGAAAAAUGGCCUUGUCCCUCACGCCCUUUCACUGGACGUCUCAAUUUUUUGCCUCGCACGGGCCACUCGCCUGAUGCUUCACUCCUCCGUCACUCGUAUUUGUCAUUCUCGUAACUUUUUAUAAGCGCGUCGCACUUAGCUCGCGAGUCACUCUUUAGCCCCCUCUUAAGACACCUUUCUCGUUCUAAUGCAUGAUAGAAGAUGUCUUACUAACCUGACUUAUUAAGAUGGCAUUCACACCUUUUUACGGCACCUCUCUUAGCUGUUCACACCUUGCACGUGAGUAACACAGCACUUUGUAGCAUCUUUGUUAAUAUAUUCAUUCCCUUUCUACACCAUGCACGAGAUAAUGUGUAAAAUUUUUGCUUCUUCUUAUUCUUCUUUUUCUUCUUGUUCUUGUUGUUAUUGCUCACCUUGUUCUCGUUUUUCUUGUUCCUGACCUUGUUCUAGUUCUUGUUCUUCUUGUCCUUGUUCUUGUUCUCCUUAUACCUCUUGUUCUUCUUCUAGUUCUUAUUUUUCUUAAUCUUUCUCUUCUUGUUCUUAUUCGUCUUGUUCCUGACCUUGUUCUAGUUCUUGUUCUUCUUGUCCUUGUUCUUCUUAUACCUCUUGUUCUUCUUCUAGUUCUUAUUUUUCUUAAUCUUUCUCUUCUUGUUCUUAUUCUUCUUGUUCUUGUUCUCCUUAUACCUCUUGUUCUUCUAGUUCUUGUUUUUCUUGAUAUUUCUCUUCUUGUUCUUAUUCUUCUUGCUCUUGUUCUAGUUCUGAUUCUCCUUGUACUUGUUCCUCUUCUCCUUCCUUUCCUUUCUCCUCUACCUUUUCUUCUUCUUACGGCACAUCACUUCUAAUUCUUUACUUCGGCUUCCUUUUCUUAGUCUCUGCCGUGCACACUUCAUUUCCGUGUUCGUCGCUUGCAUGUUUACGGUGCACUCCGCAUGUCACUCUCCGCAGCAUCUCUUUAGCCGCAUCUUCGUCCCUUCUUUGUCACGCAGGGGAUACUUGCACAAGGUUCUCGCUUCCUCUUGAUCCUCCUCGCCAUGCACAUAGUUCUCCCGUGUCCGUUGCUUGCAUGAAUAAGGUGAGGCUCAUGUUAAUUAAGUCCCUCUGUCUUGUAUAUACUCAGCACUUUCUCAGCACUCGUAGUCAGCACUUGAUAUCAGCACUUGUGGCGUCAGCGCUUUUAACAUCAGUAUUUUGCACCUUUUAUAGAUCGUCAGCACUUAUCGUAAUUAAAUCUGCACCACCUCAGCACUCAGCACUCUGUUAGGAUGUAAACACGUUAUGGAUCACAUCAGCACCACCCAUAGCGAACACCACAACACGGUUAGCACUGUAAUACUAGCUAGGACAUCAGCACUGUAUAUUCGAAGCACUGUAUCAGCACCCACACUCAGCACCACUCACAGCAUGGUCGGCACUGUAAUAUUAGGACGUCAGCACGUAUAUAGAACUAUGCAUCAGCACCUACAGCGCCUUAGCAAAUUAGCACAUAGGUAAAUCAGCACCUGACACCAUUAAACUCUCAGCACAUUCAGCACCCAAUCAGCACUCCCUCGUACAAUCUAAAAAUAACACCUGCGUCGCAGCACUUACACAUGGUAGUCAGCAUUCCGUCAGCACCAUUUUCAGCAUUAAGGGUGUUCUGGACGGAUAGCACAGCACUUAAAGAAGCACUCAAUCAGCUUUAAGUCAGCACCGUUAAAAAGUAAAUCUGAAUGUCCUCUGAAGCAUGAUAAUGUUCCUUUGAGUAAUUCAGCAGCACUAAAAACUCAGCACCUCAGCACUUACUAACGUUUGUAGUAUCAAGUAACGUUUUCUAGCACUUGCGAACGUUUUUCAGCACGCAUUCAAGUUGUCUAGCACACGUUUAUCAGCACUUACGACAGUUUUCAGCACUCAUUCAAGUUUUCAAGUACUCACUAACGUUUUCAGCACUCCAUCAAGUUUCAAGCACUCACUACGGUUUUCCAGCACUCAUUCAAUUUUACAAGCACUCACUAACGUUUCCAGCACUCAUUCAAGUUUUAAGCACUUAAACGUUUUUGGCACUCAGACAAGCACAUACGCACGUUAUUCAGCACCCAUUCAAGUUUUCCAUCACUCAAAAACAUUUUAAAGCACUCAGUAAUGUUUUUUCAGCUAUUAUCAACUUUUUUCUAGCACUCACAAGCGGUUUACAACACUGAAAAUAUUUCCUCAACAAUAAUUAACGUUCUUCAGCACUCAAGAACGUUUUUAUAGCUCAUUAACGUUUUCUAGCUCUUACGAACUUUCUCCAUUACUCGGCAAAGUUUUAAGCACUCAAAAGCGUUUUCAGCACUUACAAACGUUUAUCAGCACUAACGUUUUUCAAGCACUCGCUAACGUAUUUCACGAACGUUUUUAGCACACAUUAACUAACGUUUUUCAGCACUAAUUAACGUUUUUAGCACAAAUUAACAUUUUCCUGCACCAAUUUUAACGUUUUCCAGCACUCACAAACGUUUUCCACCACUUGCAAACGCUUUCCAACACUCGGUAAUGUUUCCCAGCACUCUUAGACCUACGUCACCUUUGCAGCACUCACCUGAGUAGCGUUGAUCACCUUUGACAGCACUUCAGACUACCUGUACUAAUGGCCUACCUGUCUGCAUGUCAUUGUUCGUGUCUCGCCUCACCUUUGUGGUCACGUUACUGCAUGCCUUUACGUCUCAUCUGACACCAAGACGAUGCUGAGUGUCAUUAUGGUCGUUAUCAUUACCGUUAUCAUUGGUAUUGUUAGUAUCAUUAUUAUUAUUGAACUGACUAACCUCUUACUACUAAAAUACAUACACAAAUACCCCCUUCUCUCUCUCUCUCUCUCUCUCUCUCUCUCUCUCUCUCUCUCUCUCUCUCUCUCUCUCUCUCUCUCUCUCUCUCUCUCUCUCUUCCCUUUACAUCUAUUUCACCCUCUUUCUCCAAUUCCUCCCGUUCUUUAUUAUAAAAACCUCCCUUGUUACUGCCAUUAUUCAUCCCCCUCCUUCUCCCUUUCCUUAUCAUCCCUCUCCUUCGCCCUCCCCUUCUCCUCCCCUCCCCGUGUCCUCCCCUCCCCUCCCCUCCCCUCCCCUAACAGAGACAGGAGUGCAGGGGAGGGAGGAAGGGAGGCAGGCCUACCGUUGUUGUUGUUUACUACCAUUGUUUACGAGAAGGGUCAACUUAACCUUAUACUACAAUCACCGCCGCCACUACGGAUAGCAAAGAUCUUUAUCAAAACUCUAUGUGCGUGUAGCUGUAGGGAGGAUGUGUCUCUGUGUGUUGAUGUGUAAUUAUGUGCAAGCUGUAUGUAGGCAGACCACUGUUGGUACACAUAUACAUAUAUAAAUAUUAUUAUUCUGAUAAUUAUUAUUCUAGAGAAAGAUUUAUUUGUUAUUGUGUAUAAAAUAAACACAAGCAGCAAGAUCCAAUGUCUUCCAAUGAUGCUUAGUAUUAGGUGUUGUGUGUGUGUGUGUGUGUGUGUGUGUGUGUGUGUGUGUGUGUGUGUGUGUGUGUGUGUGUGUGUGUGUGUGUGUGUGUGUGCGUUUGUGUGUGUGUGUGUGUGUGUGUGUGUGUGUGUGUGUGUGUGUGUGUGUGUGUGCACGCACCCAUGCGUGUCCAUGCGUGUAUUUGACUGUACGCAUUGUGUGUGUGUGUGUGUGUGUGUGUGUGUGUGUGUGUGUGUGUGUGUGUGCUUGUGCGUGUGUGCGUGCGUGCGUUUCCGUCGCGCGUCGCGUCCCGCACUGGAUUUGUCGUGUGUGUAUAUGUGUGUGUGUACAUAAUUUGGGACAACUAUGCACGUACACGCGAGUAGCUGAUGUAGAAUUGUGUCAAUGUAUACAAGUGUUGUGUGUACAUUGCAGUUCUCGUGUGUAGAUAUUGCCACCGUCGUGUGUACGUAUACAUGUGUGUAUCGUUGUCUCAAUGACCGUGUACAUUAAGCUAAGGUUAUAGAGUAUAUAUACAUGUAUAGAGAGAGAGAGAUUAUUAUGUAUAUUACGGACGCACUUCUGUGCACCACUCCACUUACUUAGUCCUGCUGUGGCGAGGAGGAAACAGCGACGGACGACGGACGGACAGACAGACAAACGAACGGACAGGCAGACAUAUACACGAACAGACACACAGAGAGAUACACAGACCUGCACAGACAAACACAGGAAGAUGAACAGACACACGCAUACACACACAAUUAGACACAUACAAGUACACCAUCCCCACACACACACGCGAACAGACAGACGACAGACAGACAGACAGAAAGUUAAGAAUCUCAUGCUUGUGAAGCUUCCAGAGCAUUUUGUUGUGGCGCGGUAGGGUGUCAGAGGGAGCUGGGUGGGCAGGGUGACGCUGGGAGUGAGCUAGGGUGUGCAGGGUGAAGGGGAAGGCGUAAGAUUGUGAGGGUGGUGUAUAAGGGUGAGGAAAGGAGGGUGUAAACAGGUGAGGGUGAGCAGGGUGAGGAGGAGGAGGAGGCCGUGAGGGCGGUCAGUCAGGGUGAAAUAGGGUGUAAGGAUUUGGAGGUAAGAUUAGGGUGAGCAGGGAGAUCGGAGUGAGUGAGGGUGUAAUGCAGGUGUGAGGGUGAGAUUAGGGUGUGAGCAGGUGGUAGUGUGUAGGUAAGUAGGAAGAGGUAGGUAGCAGUGGCCAGGGUGAGCUACAAGGGUGUCCCAGGGUGAGUUUAAGGAUGUGAGGAUGUCCCAGGGUGUCGCUAGGGUCUUUAGUUGAAAAUGAUGAAAACAUAAGUGCAGAUUCAGUGGUGAUGAUAAAAAUGAUAGUGAUGAAAAUGAUUGUGACGAUGAUGGUGAUGAGUCUGUGGCGGCGCUCAGGAUGACUGUACUUGUUGCCUGAAGACGUUUAAGGCUUCAUUAACCUAACCUUCUUGUAUCUUUCCCCUCCUUCCUUUACCUCUCCUCUAUCCUACCCCAAGCCUAUGAAAAAAAAUAAUAACUCAUAUCACAGAGCCCUUGCAGGAACACCCUUCUCUCACCCCCCCCCCCUCUCCCUCCUUCUCUUCCCUCUCCCAUCCCUUGCUCUCUCAUUCAACUUUUUCCCUCUUCUUUACUUCACUAUAACCUCCCUCUUCCCCCUCAGUCACCUUUAUUAACUUGAAAAAAUACCCGCAAUGUCAGAGAGCCCUUGCAGUUCCUCUUUCUCCCUUCUCCAUUUAACUUCCCCAUCACCAGUGUUAUGACUUGAGUAACUUCCUUCCUCACUCCACUAUCCCUUCCCUUCCAUUCUUAUUCCAGUUCUUGCUUUCUUCUCCUCCUUUCUUACCUCUUCCUCCUCCUCUUUCUCCCAGCUCGUUUGUCAUUCUCAUGCAUACUUACCUGACGCCGCCUAGAAUGAUUAUGAUGAUGAGUGAUUGAAUAUGGUGUGACUGUUGCGAUGUAAUGAUGAGAGAUAAUACUUUGGGGUUUCUCCAGAUAUUUCUUGAGUUUAUAAUAGCGAGUGAAGAAGAAAAUAUAAGUGAAGCCAAGUAUUCGAAAGCUUGGUCAGAGAGGUGAAGAACUUAUAGAUUUGAAGAGAUGUUGAUAUGUUGUUAUAGCUUGGAAGAUGAUUUAAGACAACAUUAUAGCUUAGGACUGAAGCUAAGAGCAUAAAUCUAUAGCUUGAAAAUAAAUUAGGAAAUAUUUAUAGCGAGGGAGAGAAAUUAAUACCCUGUUGCAUAGUUUGACAGAUCAUUUAUAAAAGUAUAUUAUAUUGCGUCAGAGAGGAAUUAUUAAAAUCAUGUUAUUAUAGUUUGGGAAAGAGAUUAUAAUGCAUGCUGAAGCCUUUGUUGAGGUGUUGUGGAGGAGGGAAUGGAUGGAGUAUUGUGAGGAGAUUUGUGUUGUGAAGAUGUUGAUGAUUUAUAGUGAUGGGAAGAAAAUGAAGAUGCUGUGAAAUGUUGGGCUAUUUUGUUUUGCAUAGUGUUCGAAAAGAUGUGUAGAGCUGAAAAAAGGGUGUUGUUGUUUAGAGGUUUGUGUUGCGAGAUAAACGUACGCUGUGCUGUGUUGUGUUGUGUUUUGCUGGUUAAGAAGAGAUGAGUAGGCCUGAAAAAAGAGAAAGUGGUUGGUUACCGUUGUUUGAGAUUAUUUAUGGCAGUGGAAUGGAGAUCAGUACGCUGUGUUAGGUUGUGUUAUGCUGUGUUGGAGGAGAAAAAGCUGCCGGGUUCAAUGAGAGAGUAGAAGGAAGAGGCGUGCCCGAAGGAGGAAAGCUUUGCCCAAGGAAGAAGAGGAAAAUACUAAAAAUCAAAGGUUAAUAAUGACGGUGAAGGGAACUCGUACGUUCAUCACCAGGGAGCGAGUCAAGAUGCAAGCUGGAGGAGGAAAAGAAAAAUCAUUAAAAGUGAAAAUGACAGUCCUACCUUUUUUUCUUUUUGAUUCAGAAAACCGCUUGUUGAAAAAAAAAAAUCGUACGUGUGAUAUAAAAUGAUAAAAAAAGAAUAGAUGUUGUGUGCUGUUAUGUGAUUUAUUUAGUAAUGAAAGAGAGCAAAAGUGAAAAUUGAUGAGAAAAAGGAAUUCAGUAGAGAGGUGAUGUAUUAGUGAGCUAGAAACGACAAAAUGUGGUAAAAUAAAAUAAUGGUGAAUUCUGGCAAUUAUGUAAAUGUGGGAAGACUUGAAAUAUUGACUCUGAACAGAACAAAAUUACUUUCUUUCACGUGCAUGACUGAAUAAAAGAUAGAGAACUAAACACCCAUGGAAAUUCAGUUGGAAAAAAUACAUCUGUAUUUAUGUACGUGAGUAACGAAUUGCAGCAAAGUCAAGUUGGUAAUGUUUCGGUACGUGACGAAAAAAUUAAUCACGAAUAGUUUGUGUAAAUAAAUGUCCAAACCAACUCUACGGAGGCCAUCAUGUUUGUGUGUUUGUUUAUAUGUUCCCGUUUGUAAAAUAUACGAUACACUGUUCAGAAUGGGAGACUAACAGAUUAAAAAAAAAAAGGAAAGAAGAAGAAAACGAACAAUACUCGGCUUGUGAAUAAAAUAAAAAAAUGUCAUUCUUCCAAACAUAAAAAUGUCGAACGUUCACCUUUCGAAGAGCAUCAUCAUGUUGUGUGUUUGUUCAGUGUUUGUUUGCCCCCACGUGGUGUGUUUCCCUGUGGCUUUCCUCCUCCAGACCGCAGACCUGUCGUGAACGCUGCAAUAAAUAUGGUCACCUGA